AUGCCAUUUCUGGGGACGUCAAAACGUCUGUCCGAGUUCAAUUUGAGCAACAAGAUUGUACUGGUGUCGGGCGCUGCUCGUGGCCUUGGUCUGACCCAGGCAGAGGCUCUGUUGGAGGCGGGAGCAACCGUGUACGCUCUCGAUCGGCUUCCCGAGCCCUCGCCGGACUUUCAUAGAAUUGCCGAACGAGCACGGAAGGAGCUUGACACCUCUUUGCACUACCGACAAAUCGAUGUACGAGAUGUGAAGAAUCUCAAUAAGAUCGUCGAAGAGAUCGGGGACAAGCAUGGUAGGAUGGAUGGCUUGAUCGCAGCUGCAGGUAUCCAGCAGGAGACGCCAGCGCUUGAGUAUACGGCAGAAGACGCCAACCGCAUGUUCGAGAUCAACAUCACGGGCGUCUUCAUGACCUCUCAGGCAGUCGCGAAGCAGAUGAUCAAGUUCGGAAGCGGCGGAAGCAUCGUCCUGAUCGCCAGCAUGUCUGCAACCGUGGCCAAUAGGGGUCUCAUCUGUCCAGCAUACAACGCCUCAAAGGCUGGAGUAGUUCAGCUUGCUCGGAACCUGGCGUCAGAGUGGGGUGAAUACAAUAUCCGCGUCAAUACCAUCUCGCCGGGCUAUAUCGUAACGGCAAUGGUUGAGGAACUGUUCAAGCAGUUUCCGGAGCGUCGAACGGAUUGGCCGACGCAGAACAUGCUGGGACGUCUCUCUGCUCCGAGCGAAUAUCGCGGUGCUGGUGUGUUCCUGAUCAGCGACGCCAGUAGCUUCAUGACGGCAGCAGAUCUAAGAAUGGAUGGUGGGCAUUCGGCCUGGUAG